GGCAAUUGGUGGUGCGCUGUGUGCCUGGAACACAGCGGAUCACCAAUUGCAGGGACAUCUACACUGAUCAUCAGUGCCCUGAUGAUCAGUGUAGCCCCAUUAGUGCCACUUGUCAGUGCCCAUAAUUGCCACCGGUCAGUGCCCAUCAAUGGCACAUAUCAGUGCACAUCAAUGCCACAUAUCAGUGCCCAUCAGAACUGCCUUUCAGUGUCAUUUAUCAUUGCUAGUCAGUUCUGCCUAUCAGUGCCCGUCAGAGCCGCCUAUCAGUGCCCGUCAGAGCCGCCUAUCAGUGCCCAUCAGUGCCACCUAUCAGUGUCCAUCAGUGCCACCUCAGUUCCG